UGCUUGGAUUCUGUAACAUGGGUUACGCAAGUGCCUCGAAGAUGCUUGUUGAAUCAGAGAAAACCUGGACGCAUCGAGCUGCAGUUUCGCGCAAUCUUAAAGACCUGCCCGUUUUAGAACGCCAGCUUAAGUAGGCGCCCAAGUGAUCGAGUUAGCAAGGGAAGUUUUGAGAACUUGGAGGUUUGGCAUUGAUGCCCGCAUCGAAAUCCCUGGUGCAAGCCCAUCGAUUUUAGGGUAGUCCUUCAGGAAGAUGCUGACGCUUUUCGGGUCAUCGGCGCUCUCUCAGUCUAAGAGGAACAUCCUCCUGAAGAGUAUUCAAACCGCUUGCCCCCACGUCCUCUCCGUGGAUGCCUUAUAUGUGCAUCUAGUCGCGUCAAGGUCAAGCUCUGCAGAGACCACGCUCUCUGAUGUCAACUCAGCUCAAAGGAAGGUGCUCGAUCGAUUGCUCAGCUACGGUGACGAUAUCCGCCUACCGGAGACGACUAGUACUCUUCAAAGCAGUCAAAACGUGGUAUAUGUCAUCCCUAGACAUGGCUCAAUAUCCCCUUGGUCGAGCAAGGCAACCGACAUUGCAGUGAUCUGCAACCUCGGUGAUUACAUCGAGCGCAUCGAACGUGGUGUUGUUUUCGUCUUCACGACUACCGACGGCACGCAGAUCACAGCGGAGGACCUGAAAUCAUUUGCUCCCCUCAUCCAUGACCGGAUGACUCAAGUAGCGCAGCUCACAACUCCCGAACCAGAGGCUCUUUUUGAGCAUAAGAGUCCUGCUCCGCUUCGCACCGUUGACCUUCAAAGCGCUGCGCAAUCUGCUCAUGCAAGACUCGUUGCUGCAAACAAGGAACUCGGUUUGGCGUUAUCUUCCGACGAAAUAGACUUUCUGAUCGACGCGUUUGUAUCGGGCUCUGACCCCAUCAAACGCAACCCGACCGAUGCGGAGCUGUUCAUGUUCGCCCAAGUAAACUCAGAACAUUGCAGGCAUAAGAUAUUUAACGCGUCAUGGGAGAUCGACGGCAAGGCCAAGGAACACUCUCUAUUCCAGAUGAUCCGUAAUACGGAAAAGCUCAAUGGCACCGGCACCAUCUCUGCAUAUUCUGACAACGCUGCUGUCUUCGAAGGACACACUGCUCCUCGCUUUGGUAUCAGUACUGCUUCAUCUGAUGCUCCCAACCCGAACCUCGAACAUCUCUACCAGUCGCAGCAAGAGGACAUGCCUAUCCUAAUCAAAGUUGAGACCCAUAACCACCCGACGGCAGUCUCCCCGUACCCCGGUGCUGCUACGGGCUCGGGAGGAGAAAUUCGAGAUGAAGGUGCUGUUGGAAGAGGUUCCAAGCCAAAAGCGGGUCUCGCUGGUUUCACCGUUUCUGACCUGCUCAUACCGGGAUACGAGCAGCCUUGGGAAGUGAACUAUGGUCGACCGUCACAUAUUGCCUCUGCCUUGGAUAUCAUGAUCGAGGGACCCCUUGGUGCAAGUGCAUUUAACAACGAGUUCGGUCGACCAGCGUUGGCUGGUUACUUCCGUACCUUCACCAGCGCGGUUCGAGAACUCGAUGACAACGUUUCCGAGAUGUACGGCUUCCAUAAACCUAUCAUGAUUGCUGGAGGUCUUGGAAAUGUUCGACCGUCAUUCGCCAAGAAGUCCAAGAUCACUGCUGGUGCUAAGAUUGUUGUACUUGGUGGUCCUGGCAUGUUGAUCGGUCUCGGUGGUGGAGCCGCUAGCAGUCAGGUGUCGGGAGCAAGUUCUGCUGAAUUGGACUUUGCCAGCGUGCAAAGGGAUAAUGCGGAGAUGGAGAGACGUUGUCAGCAAGUUAUCAAUGCUUGUGUGGAUUUGGGCGAGGAGAACCCUGUCCAGUCUAUUCAUGACGUUGGGGCUGGAGGUUUGUCGAACGCGCUUCCUGAGCUGGUCCAUGACUCAGAUCUUGGAGCCACCUUCGAGAUUAGGGACGUCCUGGUUGCGGAUUCAAGCAUGUCACCAAUGGAGAUUUGGUGUAAUGAGAGUCAGGAGCGUUACGUUCUUGCUAUUUCCCCCGAGAAGGAGGCACAAUUCCGAAACUUGGCUGAGAGAGAACGGUGCCCGUUCUCAGUUGUGGGUGUCGCUACUGCCAAAGAGGAACUCAUCGUUACAGAUCGGUUACUCAAGCAAGAUGUCAUUCGUCUAAAAAUGUCUACACUCUUUGGCAAGCCACCACGAAUGCAUCGCAAGGACCACACGAAGGAGAUCGUCGCUCCGAUGUUCGAUACCUCUUUGAAGGUCUAUUUGCCUUCAGAGUCGCUGCCCGAACGCCUGUCACUCGCUGUGAGCCGCGUUCUGCGCUUGCCAAGCGUUGGCUCCAAGUCUUUCCUUAUCACGAUCGGUGACCGAACUAUCACUGGUCUCGUCACUCGAGACCAGAUGGUUGGUCCUUGGCAAGUUCCUGUUGCAGAUGUCGCUGUCACCCGAACCUCGUACGGCUUCAACGUCCCACAUGGAGAGGCUAUGGCUAUGGGCGAGCGACCUCCCAUCGCCAUUCUCAACGCUGCGGGUUCCGCUCGCAUGGCAGUUGCAGAAGCUCUCACCAAUCUCGCCGCCGCUCACUUCGGUAGUCUUGAGCGAGUGAAGCUGAGUGCGAACUGGAUGUCAGCCGCGUCGCGAGAGGGAGAGGGAGCUGCUUUGUAUGAAGCGGUACAUGCAGUAGGCAUGGAGCUGUGUCCUGCUCUGGGCGUUGGCAUUCCCGUUGGCAAGGAUUCUAUGUCAAUGUCGAUGAAGUGGAAGGAAGGAGAAAAGCAGAAAACUGUAUGUUCUCCGUUGUCACUUAUCGUCACGGCAUUCGCUGCAGUAGAAGAUGUCAAGGCUACUUGGACACCACAGCUUCGCAAUGACGUUGGAGAACCCACCGUUCUCGUCUUCUUGGACCUCGCCAAUGGCAAGGAACGUUUAGCAACAUCAGCCUUGGCUCAAGUUUGCAAGACUUUGGGUUCCGAUACCCCUGAUGUAGAAGAUCCUGCCACUCUGAAGGCUUUCCUCCUUGCUUGCCAGGAUAUCAGGACAAAGUUGCCAGGUCUAGUGCUGGCCUACCAUGACAGGUCCGAUGGCGGUCUCUUCACGACAGUCGCAGAAAUGUCGUUUGCAGGGCGCGUCGGGGUGCAGCUGGAUCUUGAUAGCAUAAAAACGAGCAAAGAUCCUAUCUCAGCGUUGUUUAACGAAGAAUUGGGCGCGGUCGUCCAAGUUCGCGAGUCUCAAGUGUCUCAGCUGGUAGACUUCUUUGCCCAGGCCGGCUUCUCCUCGUCAUACAUUCAUAUCAUUGGAAAGGUCAAGGACAACAUCUCUGAGCAAACCUUCACCGUUGUUCACGAUUCGGAGCCUAUCUUCGUCGGCACUCGUGGUGACCUUCAAGCAGCUUGGGCUGAGACGUCGUAUAGGAUGCAGAGCUUGCGAGAUAAUCCGGCUGGCGCGCAGGAGGAAUAUGAGCUCAUCAAGAAUGAUGCUCACAAGGGAUUGUUCUACGACCUGACUUUCGCACCGGAGAUUUCUCGCAGCCUAUUCAGGAGACCAAAGGUGGCUAUUCUUCGCGAACAAGGUGUCAACGGACAAGUCGAGAUGGCGUGGGCAUUUACUGCCGCCGGCUUCGACGCUGUUGACGUUCACAUGUCUGACAUUCUUCGUGGAAAUAUCGACCUUGCCGACUUCCGUGGUCUGGCUGCUUGCGGUGGUUUCUCUUAUGGUGAUGUUCUCGGUGCGGGCAAGGGUUGGGCUAACUCUGUCUUAUUGAACGAAGUCGCGAGGAAGCAGUUCAUUCAAUUCUUCGAGCGCGACGAUUCAUUUGCAUUGGGUGUCUGCAAUGGUUGCCAGUUCAUGAGCAACUUGCGCGAAAUCAUUCCUGGUGCCCAGACAUGGCCAGACUUCAAGCAAAACCGAAGCGAACGCUUCGAAGGUCGUGUAUCCAUGGUUGAAAUCGUUCCCAGUGAUGUUACCAAGACGUCAGUCUUCCUCCGCGAGAUGGUCGGUUCCAAACUUCCUGUCGCUGUCGCUCACGGCGAAGGUCGUGUUUCCUUCUCGGACCCCUCUCAAAAGAAGACCUUGGAGUCUGAGGGUCUUGUCGCGAUCCGCUACGUCGAUUCUGCGGGUGCCCCUACCGAAGUCUACCCCUUGAAUCCAAAUGGAAGCCCCGGUGGUAUCACCGGUGUUCAGACAUCAGACGGACGUGUUCUUGCCCUCAUGCCUCAUCCUGAGCGAGUUGUUGCGCUAGAAAGCAAUAGUUGGUACCCACUUGAGUUCCAGGAUAGCUGGAAAGGUGUUGGACCGUGGUUCCGCUUGUUCCAAAGUGCUCGGAAGUGGUGUAACUGAGGUACGUAAUGAAUCUGCCAAAGGGCACUGAGCAUGGUUGACGAUUACCUGUAGAUAAUUUAUCAUUAAGUGAAACCUUGUUUUGUGGUUUUUUUGGGUUGUAGCCUUGGUCAAAAAGUAAUGUUACUUAGGUUCGUGUCCUUGUGAACACUCUCAGUUGCGGACAGGGAUUAAUUACUGUACCAUAGUAUAGAAACAAAUAUUGUUACGACGUAGCCCUAUAGAUACAGACAGAAUAAAAGAGCAAUCGUGAAGAAGUCUUCAGCAAUGACACACAGGCCGGCCUACAAUAUUCGAAGCUAGCGAAAAAGGAUAGCAGACGUCGGACGCCAGUUGGCGGAGACGUAAAGCUCGUCAAAUAUGGCAGCUGUCGAUAUACAAAUGCAGAGCCUUGGCAGAAUGCCCGGCGGUCUGACUACUGUCUGCUGACACGCGUACAAGGUCGUCAAGAGCAACGGCGAUGAGAAAAAGUGAGAAUAGUCCAAGCAAGCCUAUCCUUUGUACAAGCCGUUCAGAGGUCGUCGAGAGAAACCCUUGCGCUAUUGCAUGCUUUCGUCCGAAUAUAAUAUAUGCGAUGUCGUUGAAUGUCAG